AGUGGUCUUGGAAUAGGGACAAGGAACGGAAGCGGGAAGGGGAGGAGCACGCACCCCUCCCAGCCUUGGUGCGCGCCGCGCCCCCUACCCUCUCGGUACCAAGUAGGGGACGCGCGGGCUGGACGCGCCCAGACGGCGGCGAUGGCGCCGGUGGCCCGCGGGCUUUCUAGGUGGAUGGGCCCCAACCCGGCCUUUCAGGGCUGGGGCGCGGCCUUUUUCGUGUGGCUUUUUCUCACCACCUUGUGCACAGCCCCAGCCAGCGCCAUCCAGGUGACGGUGUCAGACCCCUACCACGUGGUGAUCCUAUUCCAGCCCGUGACCCUGCCCUGCACCUACCAAAUGACCACGACCCCUGCGGCGCCCAUAGUCAUCUGGAAGUACAAGUCUUUCUGCCGGGACCGCAUCGCCGAUGCCUUCUCCCCGGCCAGUGCUGACAACCAGCUCAGUGCCCAGCUGGCAGCGGGUAACCCAGGCUACAACCCCUAUGUGGAGUGCCAGGACAGCGUGCGCACUGUCAGGGUCGUGGCCACCAAGCAGGGCAAUGCCGUGACCCUGGGAGACUACUACCAGGGCCGGAGGAUCACCAUCACAGGAAAUGCUGACCUGACCUUUGACCAGACAGGUUGGGGGGACAGUGGUGUGUAUUACUGCUCCGUGGUCUCGGCCCAGGACCUCCAGGGGAACAAUGAAGCCUAUGCAGAGCUCAUCGUCUUGGACUGGCUGUUCGUGGUCGUGGUCUGCUUGGCUGUGUUCCUCGUCUUCCUCCUCCUGGGCAUCUGCUGGUGUCAGUGCUGCCCCCACACCUGCUGCUGCUACGUCAGAUGCCCUUGCUGCCCGGACAAGUGCUGCUGCCCGGAAGCCCUGUAUGCUGCAGGCAAAGCAGCCACCUCAGGCGUCCCAAGCAUCUACGCCCCCAGCACCUAUGCUCACCUCUCCCCUGCCAAGACCCCACCCCCACCAGCCAUGAUUCCCAUGGGCCCCAUCUACAAUGGGUACCCUGGCGACUUCGACAGGAACAGCUCAGUUGGCGGUCACAGCUCCCAGGUACCCCUGCUUCGUGACACAGACAGCAGUGUGACCUCUGAAAUCCGCAGUGGCUACAGAAUUCAGGCCAGCCAGCAGGACGACUCCAUGCGGGUCCUGUACUACAUGGAGAAAGAGCUGGCCAACUUUGACCCUUCUCGACCCGGUGCUACCAAUGGCCAUGUAGAGCGGGCCAUGAGUGAAGUCACCUCCCUCCACGAGGACGACUGGAGAUCCCGGCCUUCCCGAGGCCCUGCUCUUACCCCAAUCCGGGAUGAGGAAUGGGAUCGUCACUCCCCUCGGAGUCCCAGACGGUGGGAGCAAGAGCCCCCUGUAGAGCGGCCAGGGAGUGGUUGGGGGGCCGGGCGGCCCCGUGCCCGAUCUGUGGAUGCUCUGGAUGACCUCACCCGACCCGGCUCUGCUGAAUCUGGGAGGAGGUCUCCCCCAAGUAGAGGGAGGAGAGGUCAAGCCUAUGGACCACCCCGAAGCCGAAGCCGAGAUGACCUCUAUGAUCAAGACGACCCAAGGGAAUUUCCACACUCCCGGGAUCCCCACUAUGAUGACUUCAGAUCUAGAGACCGCCCUCAUGCUGACCCUAGGUCCCGCCACCACCGGUCCCGGGACCCUCGGGAGGAUGGCCCCAGGUCUGGGGACCUCCAGUAUGAUGGGCGGCUACUGGAAGAGGCCUUGAGGAAAAAGGGGCCAGGUGAGAGGAGGAGACCUUACAGGGAGGAAAAUGAGGAGGAGCCCUACUACCCUCCAGCACCUCCCCCUUACUCUGAGACGGACUCCCAGGCAUCACGGGAACGGAGGCUUAAAAAGGUGAGAACAACCCUUCCUGCUUUAAGACCCUUCCUGGAUCCUCUCCUCCAGGCCUCCCCUGCUCACACCCAUUUUCUUUCUCCCUUGCAGAACUUGGCCCUGAGUCGGGAAAGCUUAAUCGUCUGAUCUCACGUUUUGUAUGUACCUUUUGUACUUUUUUUUUUUUUAAUUUGAGGGACUUAUUCAUGAUCUGCCCUCUUGAGACUAAUAAAACUUUCGAUCACAA